AUGGAUCCCCGCGGGUUCGCUGGCCCCAAGGAGAAGACGGUGAAGCCGCUUACCCCGGAGGCCCUCGCUGCAUUCAAGGCUGCGCAGGACAGAGCAGGAGUGGUCUACAUCUCUCGGAUACCUCCUGGGAUGCGCCCGACCAAGGUGCGCCAUCUUAUGAGUGCGUACGGGGAAGUGGGCCGGGUAUACCUCCAACAAGAAGACGCGAAGAGGGCAUAUCUGCGGAAAAAAUACACGGCGACUAAAAAGGCUCACUACACUGAGGGAUGGGUGGAGUUCAAGGACAAGCGGGUCGGACGGUCGGUUGCCGAUAUGCUCAACGCACAGUCCAUCGGUGGAAAGAAAGGCUCGAGAUGGAGAGACGACGUUUGGACGAUGAAAUACUUGCCGAGGUUCAAGUGGAACAUGCUCACUGAACGGAUCGCCCACGAGGCAGCGCAGCAUGCAGCGCAGCUACGUGUGGAGAUCUCCCAGUCGCGGAAGGAGCAAAGAGAGUACCUCAAGAAUGUGGAGCUUGCGCGCGUCCUCGACAAACGUGCGAAGCGCAAGCGAAAAGCAGAAGACGACUCGGCGGCACCGGAGGCUGCCGAGGCGCAUUCAGACAGGCGAAAGGAGGCGAAGGUGGAGAAGGAACCCGGAGAGGCGCGGCUGAAGGAGCAGAAGGAAAAGCGCAGGAGGACGGAGGCGUCGGGCGAGCGGCGACCAGGCUCGGAGGCGCAGCUGGAGUCGGUGUUAGGGAGCAUCUUCUAG